UCUGCAUUAAAAGAGAAGAGCCACUCUCACACCUGUUGGCAGGUUGUUGGCUCUUACCCGCGGACUAUGACAUUGGGUUUGGAAAUCAUGGAGGAUAUUGUUAUCGACGUAGUAGGAGAAGGACUCAAAGACAUUGGAGAGGAGCAGCUCUUACCUUUGGAUGAGUCCCGGAGCAGCACCGAGACUUCCAGCAGCCAGAGCCCGGACCCGGAGUGUCCCUCUGCGGCUAAAAGCAAAGCUCCCACGUCGGUGAAGCCUCCGUACUCUUACAUCGCUUUGAUAACCAUGGCCAUCCUGCAGAGCCCGAAGAAACGACUCACCCUCAGCGAGAUCUGUGACUUCAUCAGCCAGCGUUUCCCGUAUUACCGGGAGAAAUUCCCAGCUUGGCAGAACUCCAUCAGACACAACCUGUCUCUGAACGACUGCUUUAUAAAGAUGCCCAGAGAACCAGGGAACCCAGGGAAGGGAAACUACUGGACCCUGGAUCCGAACUCCUCCGAUAUGUUUGAGAACGGCAGCUUUCUGCGGAGGAGGAAGCGUUUCAAGCGGCAGCAUUUUCGGUUCGAUGCCCUGAAGGAGCAGCAGCUGGAGCCCGGUUUGCUGCACGGAUUCCCGUAUGGGUUCGGAACCCUUCCCGGGUUGGAGAUCUACCCUUACCUGCACCAUCACCACCACCACUCACCUUGCUCCAUCCCACCUGUCAGCAGCAUCCUGCCGGCGUUGUCCAGCUUCUUCUCCCGGAGUGCGAUCACCAAGGCUUUCCUCCAGCCGGGAAUCGAACCAUUCUCCCCGGCUCAGUGCACCUCGUACUCCCCCGGAGCUGCCUACCCGUCCCCGGCUCUCUUCCACCCGGCUCCACACUUCAUCAGUUUACAGCAGGAGUAUCAGAAACUACAGACUCAGGUUAAACACAUCCACAGACCCAACAAUGAAUAG